AUGAGAGGGAAGAUGGAUGCGGAUAAGGAGUCAGUGGCGGCGGCCUCCAUGUCUCCGACGCUUUCUGUCGGUGCGGGUACCACGAAGUCGAUCAUGAAUGUCGGCGGGAAGUCAGGAGCUGUGGUGAGCAAUACGCCUGAACCAGGUCUGAAAAGGAUACCCACUGUGACGUUUAGUGAUUCCAAGAUAGUUGGAUCGAAUAAGUUUGGUGCCAGUGACGAGCGGAAGCCAGGCGCGCUAGGAGGUGCGGAAUCUGCUCUGGAUAGCAAGGAGCUAGAGAGUCAGGGGAUGGUAAAUUUGCCACAGAUACUACAUGACAAAUUGGUCGAUAGAAGAACACCAUCUAAUGGGUUGCCUGACAUACAAGUGCCUUUACCGGAGAAAGAGGAGCAUCCGCAUUUUCUGGUCGAGGACCCAUUGCACAGUCCAAAGGUUAGGUCCAGGGCUAACAGUUUGAGCCCCAGCACGCCACAAGUUGAUCUGAAUGGUGUACCUUUGAGCACAGCUAUAGUUAACGGGAAUGAUGUCAAACCAGGAAUAAAACCCAUUACUUCUAAUCCAUUGGAGAGGGAUGGUUCUGUUUCCGUGAGUAAGGGAUCCGAGCAACCUCUCCUAGAAUCUGUGAUCGAAGAAGCUAGUUCUACUCCAGGUAUGGCGAAUAUUCCCAAGAGAGAAAAUGCAAAGAACUUGGACAUGAGACUCCCACAGGAUGAUGGUAAGAUACAUAUUCUAUUUGGUGCGACGGGCUCCAUGGCUGUCUUCAAGAUCAAGCCGAUGGUGAAAAAAUUGGUAGAUAUCUACGGUAAGGAUAGGAUUAGCAUUCAAGUAGUGUUAACCAAAAGUGCUGAGAAAUUCUUGAACAAGAAAGUCGUAAAGAAGGUAAAGCCUCACCCUGAGAGUAAUGAGGACCCACUCGAUGUGGUGACGAAUAUACCAGGCGGCACGAUAAACGAGUGUGCAAAACUGAAAAAUGGCGGCGCUGAUGCGCAGGGAUCCCAACAGUCGAAUGGGUCCACGAACUCGACUCCAGAUAAGACAGCGAUCGGCAACAAUCCUUUCCAGCUGGAAGGUGGUCCAGUGAUACAGAUAUGGCGAGACCAGGAUGAAUGGGAUGUGUGGAAGCAAAGAAGCGACCCUGUGUUGCAUAUUGAAUUGAGAAGAUGGGCCGAUAUUUUGGUGGUUGCGCCUUUGACAGCCAACACGUUGUCAAAGAUAGCCUUAGGCCUGUGUGAUAAUCUGCUGACAUGCGUUAUAAGGGCUUGGAAUCCAAAUUUCCCAAUAUUUUUGGCACCAUCCAUGGUUAGCAGCACAUUCAAUUCCGUAAUGACAAAAAAGCAGUUGGCUAUUAUCAAGGAAGAGAUGCCAUGGAUAACAGUGUUUAAGCCAUCAGAGAAAGUGAUGGGCAUAAACGGAGAUAUAGGUCUUGGUGGCAUGAUGGAUCCAAACGAAAUAGUGGAUAAGGUUGUAAUGAAAUUGGGCGGGUACCCAAAGGAAGAGGACGAAGAUGAGGAUGAUGAGGAUGAAGAUGAGGACGAAGACGAAGAGAACGAGACUUGUCAAGAGGGAGAAAAUAAGAAAGAUGAAGAUGAAGAUGAGGAUGAAGACGACGAUGACGAUGAAGACGACGAUGACGAUGAAGAUGAAGAUGAAGAUGAGGAGGAUGAAAACAAUGGUGGUGCUGAAGAAACACUACAGCCUGUUGAGAACAGUCAGUAG